AUGUCUGAUGGAUAUAAAAGAAACACCACCAAAGUGGACAUGAAAAACGCAAAAAGAAAGAGAAAAAGAGUAGUGGAAGUAAUUAAGUUUUUGGCCGAAAGGGGACUAGCGUUUAGAGGCGAUAAUGAAAUACAUGGUGAUCCUAGUAAUGGCAAUUUUCUUGGGUGUAUCGAUCUCUUAGCCAAAUUUGAUCCGUUUCUAGAAGAACAUGUAAGAAGAUACGGUAAUCCAGGCCGCGGAAAAGUAUCAUAUUUAUCCUCCACAACGUAUGAAGAACUAAUAAUUUUACUGGGGUCAAAAGUAUUGGAAAAAAUAGUUACAGAAAUCAAAGAAGCCAAGUAUUAUGGAAUCACUGUGGAUUCUACACCUGACGUUAGCCAUACGGAUCAACUCUCCAUAGUUAUUAGAUAUGUCUCAAAAACUGGAGAUAUAUAUGAAAGAUUUUUGAUGUUUGUUAAAAUAGAAAAACAUGAUGCCAAGUAUCUUUUUGACACUCUAAUUUCAGUUUUAGAAAAUCAGGGAAUAGACCCAAAAUUUUGCAGAUGUCAGUCUUAUGACAAUGCGGCUAAUAUGAGCGGAGUGUAUUCGGGAGUACAAACUAGAUUUAGGGAAAUCAACAGCGCAGCCACUUGGGUACCAUGUGGAGCUCAUAGUCUUAAUCUAGUUGGCACAGCGGCGGCAGAAAGCUGCUUAGAAGCUGUAAAAUUUUUUGAAAUUUUGCAAUCGCUCUACAAUUUCUUUGCAGCGUCCCCUCAAAGAUGGUCUAACUAA